AUGGCUAGAUUAGGAGACCGGAGAGUCACAGAUGAAGCUUGCGAUUACCCUGAAUUGCAAGGCUGGCCCUCUCGGACAUACACGAGCCAAGGCUACCAUUGGAUAUGUGGGAGGCUCUACAACACCGGAAUUUCACCACCACCGCAAUGGAAUUUCGUGUUGUUUAUUGCGGCAUGCUCAAAGAAAUGGCCUAUUUGGGCCGAACGCCAGAGAUCGAAUCUGCGAAUGGCCAAUACCAAGGAGAAGGCGGAGAUCACUAUGGAAUUCCUCAUUGAGGAUAUUACUCUGCGUAAAGGAAGAUGA